UUCUUUCCACCACUUUCAUUGCUCCAUACCCACAACAUUGUGUUUGUAUUCGGAGGUUUUCUUUAAUUAUUCCUAACAUCUUCACACUUUCUCUCCCUCCCUCUCACACUUUCUCUCUCACACUUUCUCUCUCUCUAUUUAUUCCCUCUCCCUCCCUCCUCUUCACCUUUCUUCCCUCUGUUUCCCCCUCUCCUCCCUCUACCUCACUUCUCUCCUUGUGUCCGUUUUCUAACUUCUUUUCCUCUUCCCACCCCUCUUCUCCGUCACUCUUACUCGUCCUCUUUCUCCUUCCCCCUCACUCCAACAGAACUUCAGCUCUCCUCCCACCUCUCUCCCUUCCCUGAGACUCGUAACAUCUCCAUCACCUCUUCCCCUUUCUCCCUCCCUCCCCAUUAACUCUAUCCCUAUCACCCCCUCUCCUCCUCUCUCUCUCUUUCUCACUCAUGUUUAUGUUUAAAUACUUGUGUCUUUCGAUAUCUCGCUCACAGAAUUAUCUCCCUCUCCCUGUCUAACUUUCUCUCUCUUUCGUUAUCUUCUCACUUUCUCUUCUACUUCUAUACCAAUCUUUUUUCUUACCCUCUUUCUUUCAACCUACCUCCCACUGUCACUCACAACCUUUUCGCUCUCUCCCCCCUCUAACUUUCACUCUAUCUAUUCCACAAUCACACUUCUGAUAUCCUCCCUCUCUUCCACCACUAUUCUCUCUAUCUCUAUCCAUCUAUCCAUCUAUCCCACUCUCCGUUCAUCCAUCCAUCCCUCUAUUCCUCUGCCCGUCUCUCUCUCUCUCCAUCCACAACCGACCAUCCAUCCAACCAUUCACAAAUACACCUGUAGCCAUCCCCUCCGCCUUUCUCACUCCGGCUCUAACUCAACUCUUAAUCAACCAAACUAUCCCUCACAGCGCACUCCCUAAUACGUCUCUACCUAUCCCUUCCGCAUCACUCCCUUCUCUCUAGCCCUCCCCUAUACUGCCUGUCCCCCUCCUCCAUCGAUGAUAACAUUCGGAACUUAAAAUAGCAAUGACAUAGGAUGGUAGGAUGACUAAAUAUAAGAAAGUUUGCAGUGGUCAGAAUAUGUGGACAAAAAACACUCUGGGGCCAUGUCUGUAGAAUCUGGUUGUGGUCACCACAGCCCCUUGUUAUUCCGCACCUCGUUACCUUCUUACUUUGCUCUUAUUUAUAAUAACGAACUUUUACAUUCAGAUUAUUUGCAGUAAUUGUUACAAAUGUGAAGGAUUUCUUCCUCAUCACACUUCUUAAAAUGCAAAGCAACUGCAACAACAACAACAACAACAACGACUACAAAACCAACAACAACGACAACAACAAGAAGAAGAGGUUUGCCAUAUUUUAGAUGUAGCUGGACUUUGUGAUAGCAGAGCUAAAUCUGGAAAAGUAUUUUGAUUCUGUUUGGUAAUUCUGAGAACAUUCUAGACGAAUGCCUGCUCAAGUUCUCUCUGUUGUUUGUAGGAUUGCUGAAAGUUUUUUGAAGAGACAGGGAAACAUAGGAACUUGGAACUUGGAAGUCAUACAAGGAAGGUACCAUUCUUCAUUGUUUUGUUAUGAUUCCUGGUAAAGUUAUCAGGAGAUGAGAUGACUUUUCGUUUCUGUAACUCACAACAUGGGAACCAAUUGCCAUGACCCAUGUGAAACUUUGUUAUAAUAAUAUUAAUAUAGAAAUAAUAUCGAAAUAAUAUAGAAAUAAUAUCAAAAUUUAACUUGAAGUUACAGGGAAAGCUGAAAGUCUUGUUUAAGGAUACAACACGGCACCAGUAGCUUAUCUCUUAAGUAAGAAUCUGAAAUAAGGUUCCAGUUAAAUUUCAAUAAAGAUUUUACCAUUUUUGAUAGUGGAAACUUCAAGAAUUUUAAUAAAUUGGAGAAAAAUUUCUUUAAUUUUUUUUCUCUUUUAAUUGUUUUGGAAAUUUUAAUUUCCAUAUUUGUAAUUAGGAUUUUUCAAAGAACAGAAAAAUGAAUGAAAAAAAUGAAUUAUCGGAGCAGAGUUGUUCUUUGUUUGGUUCGGCGAAUUGCGAACUGAAGACUAUUGACAGCGUCUCAUACAGCAGCAUCUUCGAGCAACACAAAUACUUGACUGACCAACAACAGGACAAAUGUGUUGACCAGUGCAACUUCAAGACGACUCCAGCCAGCCAUGCCGCUUUCAAACUGGUGCGCAGUAACCCAGAGCCAAGCAUAAAAGUGAGUCCGCCAACCCUGACUACACCACAACCACCUCCACCUCCACCUACAAUAACAACAGCAACAACAACAACAGCAGCAGCAGCAGCAGCAGCAGCAGCAACAAGACCAACAUCGACAGCAAUGACAACUAUAACGACAGAAGCAGCACCAACUGCAGCAGCAAUUAAUCUCAAUGUUAAUCAAAUUAGUAAAAACAGGAACGGUCUUGAUUCUAAGACUAAAAACCUGUCUCAACCCACGAAUAAAAAGACAUUUCAGUGUGAGACGUGUUUGAAACAGUUUGCGCAGAGGCAUUACCUGGUCAUUCAUAGUCGGUCGCACACCGGUGAGAAACCUUUCCAGUGCAGCUUUUGUACGCAGAAGUUUGCACGCCGCGACACUCUGCAGGUCCAUAAAAGAACACACACGGGCGAGAAACCGUUUCACUGUGAUCUCUGCCCAAAACAGUUUGCACAAAAGGACAAAAUGCAGAUACACCGCCGAAUUCACACCGGCGAGAAGCCGUACAAGUGUCAUGUGUGUUUGAAACCGUUUUCGCAGAAAAGCACACUGCGGGUGCACCUCCGGUGCCACUUCGGAGAGAAACCAUACGCGUGUGACAUCUGUGCCAAACAGUUUCCUGUACGAGACAAACUCCGGAAGCAUUCCAUUACCCACACGCGAGAGAAGCCUUACCCAUGCAACAUCUGUCUGCAGAAGUUCGCUCGCAGGGACACGAUGGAACGACAUAAAAAGAAACACACCAAGAAGGUGUUUGUCUCCAGUACAGCAACAGCAACAACAACAACCACAACAGCAACAACAACGUCAACAGCAGCUGCAGCAGCCGCGGCGGCGGCGGCAGCAGCAGCAGCAGCAGCAGCAACGACAAUAGCAACAACAAACUCAACCGGUCACACAGUAUGUACCACAGCCGGCUCUAACACGCUGCACCGACCUCAGCAAACACCAGCAUGUUGUAUGAAUUGGUGAGGUGGCCAUCUGUGGAAAGGAUAUAUACUUCACAAGGCGGCACACAGAUAUGACAAAUAAAAGAUUUAACACAUCUA